AAUUAUGGAACUUUGCGAUUACUGUCUAAAUAUAUUAGGUGUCUGUAUUUAUUUAUUUUGAUAGAAACAAUGAACACGACUCUGGAAACGUUGCUGUCGGUAUUUUCUGGUGCAAAGUAGCUGCGGACGGACGGAGCUUGCUGUCGUUGUCGUGGUGUUUCCGUUUCAUGUUCACACGAGUGUGGCAACUUAAAAUCACGUGCAUAAAAGCCAAAGCAUUUAUUUACUUUAUAGCUGCGACAAUGAUAGCAAAGAGCGACAAGGAAAUAUUGGCUAAUUCCAUGUAUGAAGACGAUCCCAAUGGCAACUCCUCACCAAUUCAGCAAGCAUCAGCAGUGGGCGCUGUGGAGGCGGCCAAGGUGUCACCACGCUGGGGACCACAACAUAAGGGCGCUCAGGAGCUGGCGUCACUCUAUAGCCCUGGCAAACGUGCACAAGAACUCAUUUGCGUUUAUACCUGCAUUGCUUUAAUGAUACUCAACUUGGGGCUUAUCGUCAAGCACAUGCAUUGGGAGCGCAUCAGUGUGGCCUUUCUCUCCGCCUUGUGUGGCAUUAUCACAGCAGACUUUGCCUCUGGCUUGGUGCAUUGGGCAGCAGACACUUGGGGCUCUGUGGACUUGCCGUUAAUUGGCAAGAAUUUUCUGCGCCCAUUUCGCGAGCAUCAUUUGGAUCCCACUUCAAUAACACGCCAUGACUUUAUAGAAACCAAUGGAGACAAUUUUAUGGUGGGUAUACCUAUACUCGGUUACCUAGCGCAUUAUUUUUAUGCCAAAUCGCCAAGUGAGAUCCAACAGCACUUUGGCUGGAUUGCGUAUGUGUUUCUCUGCUCCAUUUUUGUGGCCAUGACAAAUCAGAUUCACAAAUGGUCGCACACAUACUGGGGCUUGCCGAGGUGGGUGCUGUUGUUGCAAAACUGUCAUAUUAUCUUGCCACGCAAACAUCACCGCAUACAUCAUGUGGCGCCGCAUGAGACAUACUUUUGCAUCACCACCGGCUGGCUAAAUUGGCCACUGGAGCGUCUUAGAUUCUGGUCGACUUUUGAGCUGAUCAUAGAGCACUUCACGGGCCUGAAGCCGCGUGAUGAUGACAUGAAAUGGGCAAAAAAACUGACAUAGCUUUGCUGUUCAGGCAGCAGCUGUAUAUAUAAAGCUGGACCAAAACGCAACCUGCACCAAUUGCAAUAGCAACUACACCAAAGAAUUCGAGAAAAGAAAACAAAUAGCAACUACAAACUAUGAUUAAUUAUAUUUUUUGCACAACGAAAGCUUUAAAGACAACCAAAACUAUUAUAUUUAAAGUUUAACAUACAGAAAAGAAAAUGUUUACGCAUACAUAUGUUUCAAAAUUAUUUGCAUAGUAUUGUUAAUUGUAUUAUGAUCUCACUAUAAUUACUUUAUGUGUAUAUACAAUAUAUUUGUAUACAAACAGGUGAGCCUUACACACAAACUAGAGCUUGUUGACAACUUUUUUGA